GUGAACCUUGACCUGGGCUCGCAGCGUCCCGCGUCUGCCGCCCCCGCCCCCGGAGUGAAUGAGGCGGGUUUUGGCCACUUGCUCUAGGGAGCGAGUGCAGAGGGAGUGGGAGCGAGACGGACCUGAGUGGCAGUGUCCGGCUACCCGGAGAGGCCCUGCUGUACUGCUUGCCGCCCAUGAGCGCGUUCUCCCGCGAGCAACGCCGUCGUUAGGCCGGCACCGUAGUUCUACUUUCCCCGGGAGAGGCCCUCAUCUCGCCGGGGAGGGGGUAGCCCGUGGAAGCGCCUCCCUGUUCAGCGUCGGCGUCGCGCUGCGACCCUGGAAGCGGGAGCCGCCGCAAACGAGAGGAGGAGCCCCAGCAGCAGCGGCGGCGGGCAGCAGCAGCAGCAGCGGCGCCAGCAGGCGGGAUCGCGGCCGUCAAUAUGGCGAGCGCUUCGUACCAUAUUUCCAAUUUGUUGGAGAAAAUGACGUCCAGCGACAAGGACUUCAGGUUUAUGGCUACAAAUGAUUUGAUGACAGAAUUGCAGAAAGAUUCCAUCAAGUUGGAUGAUGAUAGUGAAAGAAAAGUGGUGAAAAUGAUUUUGAAGCUACUUGAAGAUAAAAAUGGAGAGGUACAGAAUUUAGCUGUCAAAUGUCUUGGCCCUCUAGUGAGUAAAGUGAAAGAAUACCAAGUAGAAACAAUUGUAGAUACCCUCUGCACUAACAUGCUUUCUGAUAAAGAGCAACUUCGAGAUAUUUCAAGUAUUGGCCUUAAAACAGUAAUUGGAGAACUUCCUCCAGCUUCCAGUGGCUCUGCAUUAGCUGCUAAUGUAUGUAAAAAGAUUACUGGACGUCUUACCAGUGCAAUUGCAAAGCAGGAAGAUGUCUCUGUUCAGCUAGAAGCCUUGGAUAUUAUGGCUGAUAUGUUAAGCAGGCAAGGAGGACUUCUUGUUAAUUUUCAUCCUUCAAUUCUGACGUGUCUACUUCCUCAGUUGACCAGCCCUAGACUUGCAGUGAGGAAAAGAACCAUUAUUGCUCUUGGCCACUUGGUUAUGAGCUGUGGGAAUAUAGUUUUUGUAGAUCUCAUUGAACAUCUGUUGUCAGAGCUGUCCAAAAAUGAUUCUAUGUCUACAACAAGAACCUACAUUCAAUGUAUAGCUGCAAUUAGCAGGCAAGCUGGUCAUAGAAUCGGGGAAUACCUUGAGAAGAUAAUUCCUUUGGUGGUAAAAUUUUGUAAUGUAGAUGAUGAUGAAUUAAGAGAAUACUGUAUUCAAGCCUUUGAAUCAUUUGUGAGAAGAUGUCCUAAGGAAGUAUAUCCUCAUGUUUCUACCAUUAUAAAUAUUUGUCUUAAAUAUCUUACCUAUGACCCAAAUUACAAUUAUGAUGAUGAAGAUGAAGAUGAAAAUGCUAUGGAUGCAGAUGGUGGUGAUGAUGAUGAUCAAGGGAGUGAUGAUGAAUACAGUGAUGAUGAUGACAUGAGUUGGAAAGUGAGACGUGCAGCUGCUAAGUGCUUGGAUGCUGUAGUUAGCACAAGACAUGAAAUGCUUCCAGAAUUCUACAAGACGGUCUCUCCUGCACUGAUAUCCAGAUUUAAAGAACGUGAAGAGAAUGUAAAGGCAGAUGUUUUCCAUGCAUAUCUUUCCCUUUUAAAGCAAACUCGUCCUGUUCAAAGUUGGCUUUGUGACCCUGAUGCAAUGGAACAGGGAGAAACACCGUUAACAAUGCUUCAGAGUCAGGUUCCCAACAUUGUUAAAGCUCUUCACAAACAGAUGAAAGAAAAAAGUGUGAAGACUCGGCAGUGUUGUUUUAACAUGUUAACUGAACUGGUAAAUGUAUUACCUGGGGCUCUAACGCAACACAUUCCUGUACUUGUACCAGGAAUAAUUUUCUCACUGAAUGAUAAAUCAAGCUCAUCGAAUUUAAAGAUUGAUGCUUUGUCAUGUCUGUAUGUAAUUCUCUGUAACCACUCUCCUCAAGUCUUCCAUCCUCAUGUUCAGGCUUUAGUCCCUCCAGUGGUGGCUUGUGUUGGAGACCCAUUUUACAAGAUUACGUCUGAAGCACUUCUGGUUACACAACAGCUUGUCAAAGUAAUCCGUCCUUUAGAUCAGCCUUCUUCAUUUGAUGCAACUCCUUAUAUCAAAGAUUUAUUUACCUGUACCAUUAAGAGGUUAAAAGCAGCUGACAUUGAUCAGGAGGUCAAGGAAAGGGCUAUUUCCUGCAUGGGACAGAUUAUUUGCAACCUUGGAGACAAUUUGGGUUCUGAUUUGCCUAAUACACUUCAGAUUUUCUUGGAGAGACUAAAGAAUGAAAUUACCCGAUUAACUACAGUGAAGGCAUUGACAUUGAUUGCUGGGUCACCUUUGAAAAUAGAUUUGAGGCCUGUCCUGGGAGAAGGAGUUCCUAUUCUUGCUUCCUUUCUCAGGAAAAACCAGAGAGCUUUGAAGCUAGGUACCCUUUCUGCCCUAGAUAUUCUAAUUAAGAACUACAGUGACAGCUUAACAGCUGCCAUGAUUGAUGCAGUUCUAGAUGAGCUCCCGCCUCUUAUCAGUGAAAGUGAUAUGCAUGUUUCUCAGAUGGCUAUCAGUUUUCUCACCACACUGGCAAAAGUGUAUCCCUCCUCCCUUUCAAAGAUAAGUGGAUCUAUUCUUAAUGAGCUCAUUGGACUUGUAAGAUCACCUUUGUUGCAGGGAGGAGCUCUUAGUGCCAUGCUAGACUUUUUCCAAGCUCUGGUUGUCACUGGAACAAAUAAUCUAGGAUACAUGGAUUUACUGCGCAUGCUGACAGGUCCCGUUUACUCUCAGAGUACAGCUCUUACUCACAAGCAAUCUUACUAUUCCAUUGCCAAAUGUGUAGCUGCUCUUACGCGAGCAUGUCCUAAAGAGGGACCAGCUGUAGUAGGUCAAUUUAUUCAAGAUGUCAAGAACUCAAGGUCUACCGAUUCCAUUCGUCUCUUAGCACUGCUUUCUCUAGGAGAAGUUGGGCAUCAUAUUGACUUAAGUGGGCAGCUGGAACUGAAAUCUGUAAUAUUAGAAGCAUUCUCGUCUCCUAGUGAAGAAGUCAAAUCAGCUGCAUCCUAUGCACUAGGCAGCAUUAGUGUGGGCAACCUUCCGGAAUAUCUGCCAUUUGUCUUACAAGAAAUAACCAGUCAACCAAAGCGGCAGUAUCUUUUGCUUCAUUCCUUGAAGGAGAUUAUUAGUUCUGCAUCAGUGAUGGGCCUUAAACCAUAUGUUGAAAACAUCUGGGCCUUACUGCUAAAGCACUGUGAGUGUGCAGAAGAAGGAACCAGAAAUGUUGUUGCUGAAUGUCUAGGCAAACUCACUCUAAUUGAUCCAGAAACUCUGCUUCCACGGCUGAAGGGUUACUUGAUAUCAGGCUCAUCAUAUGCCCGAAGCUCAGUGGUUACAGCUGUAAAGUUUACAAUUUCUGAUCAUCCACAACCUAUUGAUCCACUAUUAAAGAACUGCAUAGGCGAUUUCCUAAAAACGUUGGAAGAUCCAGAUUUGAAUGUAAGAAGAGUAGCCUUGGUCACGUUUAAUUCAGCAGCACAUAAUAAACCUUCAUUAAUAAGGGAUCUUUUAGAUACUGUUCUUCCACAUCUUUACAAUGAGACAAAAGUUAGAAAGGAGCUUAUAAGAGAGGUAGAAAUGGGUCCAUUUAAACAUACAGUUGAUGACGGCCUAGAUAUUAGAAAGGCAGCUUUUGAGUGUAUGUACACACUUCUAGACAGUUGUCUUGAUAGACUAGAUAUCUUUGAAUUUCUAAAUCAUGUUGAAGAUGGUUUGAAGGACCAUUAUGAUAUUAAGAUGCUAACAUUUUUAAUGUUGGUAAGACUCUCUACCCUUUGUCCAAGUGCUGUACUUCAGAGGUUGGACCGACUUGUUGAGCCACUACGUGCCACAUGUACAACUAAGGUAAAGGCAAACUCAGUAAAACAGGAGUUUGAAAAGCAAGAUGAACUGAAACGAUCUGCCAUGAGAGCAGUAGCAGCACUGCUAACCAUUCCAGAAGCAGAGAAGAGCCCACUGAUGAGUGAAUUCCAGUCACAGAUCAGCUCUAACCCUGAGCUAGCGGCCAUCUUUGAAAGUAUCCAGAAAGAUUCAUCAUCUACUAAUUUGGAAUCAAUGGACACUAGCUAAAUGUUUGUUCAACAUGGGGACCAUUACAUUGACAGUAUGAUGCACUGAGUUCACAGGUUAAUCAUAAGAGAUGGAAAGAGAAGUAUCUAUAAAGGCUUCAAAAUGUUCCAUUUUUUUCCCCUCAUGAAGACAGUUUGACUUCCAUGGUUGCUUUUGUAGCAUUUAUUUCUGAAGUAUGUAUUUCCAUAAUCCAGAAGUUGUAAAACCACUAAUGUUUUAGUGGUUAGGACAUUUAAAUGUAAACUAAACGUUAAGAUUUAUGGAACAUGGAAAUAACGUCCAGUCUCUAUUUACCCUGUAAUGUUUAGGAUUAAAACGUUAAAAUUUUGUGACCAUGAAUUUCUUUCUUUUAUAAAUUUUAUUUAAAAAUCAAAAAUUCUACAAGACUAUAACCAUGUUUCUUGUACAACUUUUUGGUUCAGCAACAUAAAUUGAUUUUUAGCUGGCAGACAAGGAUAUCCAUAUAAGAGUUGUUACAUUUCAGAGGGUUUGGCAGUUUUAACAAUAUAAUAAAGUAUCAGUUUUUAAGUAGGAGAUGAAAAAUUAAUACCCCCACUCCACCACCCCCACCACCCCACCCCCGUGGACACACUAAUUUUGCAUGAGUAAAUUUAUAAACCUAUAUUGUCUGUAAAGCAGCAUGUACAGAGUAUUCAUAAUACAAGUUAAAAUAAGUAUUAAUUGUAUUAGUGCAAUUUUCAGAUAUUUAUUUUUGCACAGAAAACAUAUCUGGAGAGUGAAAAAGGAGUAAAAUUUUGAAACUUGGGUUUUCUUAAUGCCAGUGUGAAUUUGCAGGUGUUUUCAGCAGAUCAAGUUACAAUAACAAUUUGCCACUUUUUUCUAUUACAGAUUUUCUUAAACAUUUAAAAUUUGAAUAUUUAAGUACUUUGUUUUUCUCAAUUACCCAUUUGUGUGUGUCUAUUUCCAUCAAGAAAUUCGUAAAGUCAUGUUUUUCUUUCAUUCUCUUUGGAGCUCUUUAUUCCUUAACUAAGGGUAUAAAUACUGUGUGCUCUUGAAUUUUAAUUUUAGGAAUAUUCUGAAGCCAGGUAUUACAGGUUUGUUAACCGAUAAUGGUAUUUUUUUUAGUUGAGGUAGAUUUUUUUCCCCACUUUCUCUUGUAGAGCUAAUUUUCAUGUUGUAUUUGGUAAGUGUUGACUUACUUUUCUUGAUUAAGGGAUCUAUGCGGGGGGAAUCAAAGCUUUGCAGUACCUUAUAUUGUAGUAUAAGUUUUAUUUAAUAUCUUUCAGUGAGCUCAUUUCAUACUGUAGCCUCUUCCUUCAGAUUUGUGGUGCUCCUGUAACAGUAAGGACUAACUUCUGAAAACAAGACCAUCUCCUAAAGCUGUGCAAACAUAGUUUACAUGUAUUGAAGGAGGCAGUUACAUUGAGUGACCAAUUUUAAGCAAUCAGAUAUUUGAAAACUGCACCUUUAUUUUUGAAACUGUGAAAUAGAAAUACUUUUGCUGUAUUAUCUGCUUUAACAUCUGGAUAUACAGUGGUUUUAAUUGGUAACAUAAUGUGGUGAUUAGAUUAAUAGCUUGGUUUCACAUGUUCAGAUGACAUUGCUACUGGUAAGGAUUUUGACUAGUGCAUUGACAUGGAACCUUACCUAAAGUUAGUGCCAUUUCAAAAUGUGGCAGGUGAAUGUCAUACCAUAAUUCGCAUAUAACUGUAAUAGAGAAUUAUUUUAAGAUGUCAGUAUAUUAUGUACUAUGCAUAUACCAUGGUAUAGAUGUUGUGGAUAUAUUUGGUUACAUGGUUUCAUAAUAAAUUAUAAUACUGUAG